UAGUAGACCCCACCUUUCGCUCUGUCAGUCGGACUUUAGUUCGCUUCUCUGCUCUCCACGCGCGUGGCAGCACCGAGGGUGUUCUGUUAUGGAGCAAGACAAUCUGUCCGUGGUUCUGCACUCCAAGGGAGACCUCAGACUGGAGAAACGCCCUGUCCCGGAGCCAGGUCCUAAUGAGGUUUUGCUCCAGAUGCACUCAGUUGGUAUCUGCGGUUCUGAUGUCCACUACUGGCAACACGGCAGCAUUGGGGACUUUGUGCUGACGAAGCCAAUGGUGUUAGGACAUGAAGCAGCGGGACGGGUGGUAAAGGUCGGCUCUGCAGUCAAACACCUUCAAGCAGGAGACAGAGUGGCUGUUGAGCCAACUGUUCCCCGAGAGAUGGACGAGUUUUUCAAAAGCGGGCGCUACAAUUUAUCGCCGACUAUCUUCUGUUGUGCCACGCCGCCCGAUGAUGGCAGCUUGUGCAGAUACUACACACACAGUGCCAACUUCUGUUACAAGUUGCCUGAUAAUGUGACAUUUGAGGAGGGGUCUCUGGUUGAACCUCUGUCCGUGGGCAUCCACGCCUGUCGCAGGGCCGGCGUGACCCUCGGGAGCACCGUGCUCAUCUGUGGUGCAGGGCCAAUUGGGUUGGUCUCUCUGCUUGUGGCCAAGGCAAUGGGCGCUUCACAAGUUGUCAUCACGGAUCUGUUCCCUGAGCGUUUGGCCAUGGCCAAGGUUUUGGGUGCAGACUUCCAGCUGACUGUGAAGCAAGGGGACGGACCUCAGCAGUUGGCCAAGAGGGUGGAGGGUCUACUGGGAGCUCAGCCUCACAUUACGAUUGAAUGCACUGGCGUUGAGAGCAGCAUCCAAACUGCCAUCUACGCGACCCGCUCAGGAGGUGUUGUGGUUGUGGUGGGCCUUGGAUCAGAAAUGGCCACCAUUCCUCUCAUCAACGCGGCCACCAGAGAAGUGGACAUCAGAGGCGUCUUCCGCUACUGCAACACUUGGCCCAUGGCCAUCGCCAUGUUGGCAUCAGGAAAAGUGAAUGUGAAACCUCUGGUGACUCACCGUUUCCCCCUGGAGCAGGCCGUCCAGGCGUUUGAGACCACACGUCAGGGUCUUGGGAUAAAGGUCAUGUUAAAGUGUGACCAGAAUGACCAGAAUCCCUAAACUGCAGCGAAACUGACUCCGUUUACAUACGGCCAAUAACCCUUCCAAUACUCAAAUGUUAGCAAUAUUGUGCUUGCGCAAUACCAUGUAAACACCUACAAAAACCCAAAUACUGUAAGAUCAUAUUUGUUUAAAAAAACAAACAAAAAAAAAAAAACGAAGACCCUGGGUUGCUCCUUUUCUAACCUGCAGAUUUGGGCAUGUAAACAUGUUUCAGAAUACAUACAUACA